UUAGUUGCCGCGACUUGGUGGAGGAAUUCUGCAUGCUUCGCAUCUUUCCCCUCUCUCAAUCAUGGCAAGUCGCAGUAGAUCAAGGCGAAGAGGUUGAUGGUUUGCCGAAGUUGGUUCUCCCCGAGGGAACGAACGGUAAGAGUGCUCUUUCGCUACGCACUCCUGCUUUUGUUAUUUUGCUUUGUUCGACGCUUGAUGUGGCUACACCUAUUAUUUUUGUAGUGUUGACCCUCGACCAGGCUGACGCCGAAGCCCGUAGGAUGAUCGGCGACGUGUCAGUCGUCGAGUAUAGCCAGCUGCUGACGCGACAAGCAGCUGGCCAGGCGAACCGGGUUUACAACGGCGAAUUGCCUCCACGGGUGAACCCCCACAAGGCGGACGACGAUGUAGGACCUUCGCGAAAGCGAACGCGUGGGCAAGUGAAGCUUGCCCCUAGGAAGCGAAGGGUUCCUGCUUCGUCCGAUUCCGACGCCGAUGAUGAGGAGGACGUCGAAGAGCGUGACGACGAGGAGGAAGGAGAGGAAGAUGAGGAGGCGGAGGUCGUGGCCGAAAAGGCCGCGGACGGGGCAGUCGAAAACCGCGUCGACACCCCUGGCUACACUCCUACUCCAAGUCCAGGUCACAACGAGACCGGGGUGGAGUCGAACAGCUCCCCCCUUCGCCGAAAGGAUUUGGAUGGGGCGAAGGCGCUAAUUGCGUUUUCGGCAGGCCGGGCGGCGAAGGGAGGUCCGGUCAAAAAGAUCUCCAAAAAGAAAGGACUCGUCGAUGUCGCUCGCGUCUUCAGCGACGACGAGUCUUUUGAAGAGACUCCGACUUCGCCCACUGGCCGCAGCCUGGACCUUUCGACCGCCCCCAUUCUUUCCAUCGGCGCUGGUGGGGCAGGCGGUAGCGCCGCCGCCGGGGCUUCAGCCUCCGCGGAACGAAUCGUGGCAGCUGCGGCGAGGAUCUUCGGUAGCCCUCUGCGUCAACCGGUUGUUUCACCACUAGUCAAAGCGAAGGGGAAGGGUUCGGCCGUCGAAACAUCUGCCUCGGAGUAUUCCCUUGCGGCGCCCCAUUUCGCCCCUGGCGAUUUCGAGACCCGGGCAGACCUUAUUCCCUUUGUGGAGGGAGUAAGCAAUCUUGUCUUACCUGCCAGCACCCUGAGCUUAUUCACCGAAUUGAAUGAGUUCGAUGAGGGGUGUUCUGCUAUUAAAAGCUUGGCAGUUCGGAUUCUUGUAGCUCACUAUUCGACAGAGUGAACCGUGCGGGCCCGUCUUGACGGAUUCAAGAACCGUCUUCGGGCCAAGGAUGACGAAAUAGGCCGCAAGAACUUGCAGGUGGAGGCCCUCGCCAACACCCUGAAAGAGGC